GUGGGAAGGAGGGAGCCAAGGGUCGGUCGACCGGCUGCGCGAUCCGGAGCCGAGUAUCAGUCAGGCUCGAGACACCCGCGCGAACGGAGCAAGAAGGAGAGAGAAAGAGAGAUAAAGAUAGAGAGAGAGAGAAAGAGAGAGAGAGAAGGACAGCUAGAGAGAAAAAGAGAGAGAGAGAGAGAGAGGACGACGGUGGUUUGGCUGCUUCCCCUUUUUCGGUACGUUCUCCCGAUGCGCCCCCUCUUCCAGCGGCCUCUACUACCCACUCAGGCGAAGUAGUAAUCUACCCGGUUGUCUCGGCGUAGUGUCGCGCGGAGUGUCGUACGGGAUACGUGCAGGAGAGAGAGAGAGCGGCUCGCUGGUGUUGUUAUCCGACGUUAUCACAACACCCCCGUACAUUGCCCCUCCUCCUCCACCUUGUGCUUCUCUUCUUCGCCGUCUAAUCUUGUGUACCUUCGUCAUCUGCGAGUGAACCACGGACAGUUUGGCAGGGACAGGUCGGCGACGACGAGGAAGCGAGCUACUCCGAGCAACAGAGAGUGCGUCCACAGUGUGACCGCACGAGGGAUCACGAUGGCGGAGGUGGCGACGAAGAAAUCGAUCAAUGUAGUAAGUAGUAAGAAGAGCGAGGUGUGCGGUGUUCAGUCUAACAACGGUUUGAUUGAUUUGGAUGAUUUAACCGCGAGUAACAAUCAACUAAUUUCGUUAUGCGACGAAGACGACGAUGACGAUCUCGUACUCACGAACAAUACGCGUAAUGAGCUCGAUAAUGAGGACAAGAGCCUGCAGGAAUUGAUAGAGAGCGAGCUAGCGCUAAGGAUCUGCUCGAGCAAGAGCGACGACGACAUCGCCGAAGACCUCGAGGAACAAUCCGUCCCUCAACCGGAGACGAUCAAGAGGAUCAUCCUGGAUCGUCGACCGGAUCCUAUCGAUAUUAACGCCGAGUUUAUAGCGGCCGAGAGCGAACAUUAUGCUUUGAUCGAGGAACCCCACCAAAACGGACACGUAUCUCCGGACGCCAAAGCCGAGGUCGUAAAAUCGGAGCCGGUGUAUUCUCCCGACGAGGAGGAGGAACAGGUGUUUGUUGAACAGUCGGAAGUCGUUCAAGAAACGUGCGAUGACGAUUGGCUGUCCAAUCGAAAAGAACCUAUCGAAGAGUAUCAGGCAAUCACCGAGGAUCACGUCAUGCCUGCCACAGACGUCCUGGAUUCUAGUAACGUCACGAACGAGCUCAUCGACACGUCGAUCUCCCAAUCCUCCGCAACUAAGGAGGAGGGACUGGCGCAAGAAUUGCCGGGCGACGAAAAUCUUUAUCAUACCGAUGCCGAUCAAAAAAAUGAGAUAAAUGCAGACGUCGCUCAGGAUACGUGCAUCGAGCAAGCGUUGCUUUCGAGCAGCCAGCAGUUCUCCGACAACUUCGACGAAGCGAUCCAUCACCAAAAUCAAAGUUUCAAUAACCUGGAGUUUCCAAACGAAGAAUCUCCCAUGAACGAACAUAUCGGGAAGCUCGAGGAUUCUCCCGAGUACAUCGAAGAAAAGAUUCCUGCGUCGCUUAUUUCCCAGGAGAAACAGCCUUCCGAAAUCAUCGAAGAUGCAGACUCGAAGUUGAGCGAGGAACACGAAGAGGAUCCUCGCUGCAUCCGGGAACAAUUUGAAAACUCCGACGAUGGUAUCCUCAGCCAGCCUGAGAUAUUCACGGAGACGAUCAGUACGCAAGAGUUCCUCGCUUCGGAGCGCCAGAUGCUCAGCGAGGAGGCCAAUCAAGAGACACCUCAGAUCGUAGCGUCAGAGAUUACCGGUUCACCGGCAAUAUCAAUCCUGGAGAGCGAAUCCGUCUCGGAAUCUCCCAGAGACAUCGCGGAAGAAGCGCAGAACCCGGUGGACGAAUCCUCGAGCGAGCUGUCGGCGUCGGAUUCGACAUUCAUCGAGAAGACCGAGAUCGUGGUGUCGGACACGAGCGUGACGAUUUUUUCGGAAACGAAGCUGGUCGUCGAGCACGUCGAUGAGAAUUUGGACUCGUGGACGACGGUCGAGGAAGCCACGAAAUCAGCCGACGUCGAAGAGGACCGUGAGAUGGAACGCAGCAGUGACAUUAACGAGGCGACGAGGGACGAUAACGAGGGGAAAGCGGAUGAUUCGUUCGCGCCCCCGACGUCCCCUCGCGCGCCCCUGGCCACACCGGACGAGACGGAGACGAGCGAUGUUUCUAACGCCUGCGAUAGCGAGAGCCGCGAGGAAACGGUGCCCGCCAGUUCCGUGGUGACCUCCUCGAAGGUUGGAACGAAAACGAAGAAGAAGAAGAUCGAGGGCGUCGCAGGUAACGAUGCCACCUCGCCGAACCUUACGCCGCGCACAAAGAAAACCAAGAAGAGCAAGAAGAGCGAUCUCGAGAAGGAGAACAUCUCCGUGAACUGUAGCUUACGAGACGCAAGCAUGCAUACGGGUACUCGACGAUCGCAUUCAGAGAUGAUCGAUUUCUCCGACGAGGACGAUUUAUCGAACGUCAAUGUUAAGUCGCUGACACAGAACUAUGUCUCGGAGACGAGCCGUAGUGAUCAGGAAAAGUUGUGCAGAGAACGAAUCGCGACCGGCGUGUCCAUCAAGCAAUUAUGUCGCAGCUUUGGCGACAUCUCGAACAUGAGCGAUGGCGACCAGGCGGCUUUUGGGAAAACCAGCCACGCGGUGGAGACCGAGGAGAAAGCGAGAUCGAUGGGUGAUCUGAGAGUAUGCGAGCAGAGUUACUCGAAAUUCACCAAAGACGCGACAGUCUUCGCCAGGGUGUCGGUCAAGGCGCUCAGGGCUUCCUAUUGUAGUUUGGCAAGCUUAACGAGCGAGGGUAAGGACAAGGAUCAUGCAUGCGAGAAGCCGAAGUUUGAGAAAUCAAGCUUUAACAAAUUCGAUGCUCUCUCUAAGAAGACAGUUCUUCACGUACGUUCGGUCGAUGCAGGAAAAGUACAACAGCAGCUAAAUGCCGUGGGUCAAAGUGGUGGCGAAGCGAAUACGAAUUGUCGCAGCUGCGGCAAGGUCGUGUUUCAAAUGGAGCAGACAAAGGCCGAGGGUCUGGUUUGGCACAAGAAUUGCUUCCGGUGCGUGCAGUGCGGCAAGCAGCUCAACGUGGACAAUUACGAGAGUCAUGAAAGCACGCUUUACUGUAAGCCGCACUUCAAGGAGCUCUUCCAACCGAAACCGGUCGAGGAGUCCGAACAACCCGUGCGACCUCGAAAGCCGGAGCUGAUCAUACGGGAGAACGAGCCGAAAGAGUUGCCACCUGAUGUGGUCAGAGCUUCCGACAAACCCGACCUAGGACUCGAGGAACUCUCAAGCUUAAACGUCAAGUCGCGCUUCCAAGUCUUCGAGAAAGCUACCGCAGAGAAUGCCAAUGAAAUCGAGAGAUCGCCGUCGCAGAUCGCUGUCAAGAGAUCGCCCAGCAUCCUCAGUAAACUGGCCAAAUUCCAGGCGAAAGGCAUGGAUAUUGGCGUGGCGGACGAAUCUCUCAAUGGCAUACCCUACGAGGAAUCGAGCGAAAGUGAGGACGACGUGGAGACGGAGGAGACCGAAGAGGUGGAAACCGAGAUCAUAAAGGCAAAACGCACUACACGCGAACGACCGAUCAGUUUCUCGAAGAUGGACGAUAUCAAGAAUCGUUGGGAAUCCACCAGUCAGCAAGGAAGGCGCGAGAUUCAACGCGAGGCUAGGAAGGAAGAAAUCGCAGGAAUUCGCUCGCGAUUAUUCAUGGGUAAACAGGGUAAGAUGAAGGAAAUGUAUCAACAGGCAGUAGCCGGAAAUGACCGCGUCACAAAGAUAAAUGCGGCGGAGGAGAUCCAGCACUCGGCUACCCACGCUCGUUCCAUCAAAGAGAGAUUCGAAAGGGGUGAGCCAAUCGCAGCUUCGGACGAUGAAACCGACAGUAAACCGAAACCGGAGAAAGCCGACGAGGAGGUGAUCGCAGCAGGUAUCAGCAGAAAGUCGCGAUCGCUCUUUUUGGAACUGGACGCUUCUGCAGCGAAAACAGGACGUCCGGUAACGCCAGUGCAUCCGAAGACACCAACCGAGAACUCACGACGUGCACGAGACGCGUUCAUGGGUCGUCAAGUCUCAGACGAUGUGGUACGCAGCUCAGAUGCAACCGAGGAGGUUCACGUAGAAACGUCGGAAAUUUCGAACAAGUUCAAAUUCUUCGAGUCCUACAGGGAACCGGAGAAACAGCGAAAACAGUUUCGCAUCACGCCUCCUCGCGACGGUCAAGUCAAGAUGGAUUCACCGGAUCGCGAGAUAUACCGCGAUCCCGAUGUCGUCAGGGCCGAUGACAGGGUAGACGAGGUGGUUCACACGGACACGGCAAGAAAGAUGCUGUCCAUUUUCCGGCAGAUGGAGGAAAACGCGUGCAAGGAGGAACUUCCGGAGGGUCCAAAACCCCUGAAGCGCUUCACUCCGCCCCCCGAAGACAAAUUCGCCAAGGCAACGGCCUCGGACUCGGAGGAGGACGAGGAUGAAGAAAAUGAGGAAUCCGAGGGCGACGAGAGCGCCGAGGAGAAAGAUCCCAACUAUGUUCGUGCUUCUGACAAGGUGGAGGACGAGUUCUUGAAACAAGCGCAGAAUGCAGCGCGCGCCAAGACCCUUCGUGCUAAGUUCGAGCAUUGGGAGGAGACUGACGGCAAGGUCAGCAGUCAUCACAUCGCCGAAAUCGAAAUGGCCCAAGGUACUGGUGAACAAUCCAGCAUAGAAUCCGCGAGCAGUCUGAGAGCUCGUUUCGAGUCUCUCGGCUCGCAGAACAACGAAUCUCCGCGCGCACCGAAGGUCAAAGUUAAUCGAUUCGUGGAGAUCCAGACGAGCUGUACGGACGUGUGCGAGAGCUGCCAGAAGAAAGUCUACCCCUUGGAGAAGGUCGAGACAAAUAACAAAAUCUUCCAUAAGCAAUGCUUCCGGUGUCUCCAGUGCAAUUGCAUUUUAAGGAUGGACUCCUUUACGCUGAACAACGGCAAACUGUACUGCAUCCCGCACUUCAAGCAGCUCUUCAUCACACGGGGAAACUACGACGAGGGCUUUGGCGUUGAUCCACACAAGAACAAAUGGGCGACAACGAAUUCCAAUAAUUCCACGAGCCCAUCGCCGAUCGCGGUCUCAAAUGGCGAUCUCUGAUUUUCCAAACGGUCCCGUCUCAUUCUUUUCUCUUCUUGUACAUCGCUAUUGAAUUUUAAUCGGAUUCACAGGUGGAUCUAGAUGGAAAUUACUCUUUCUCUUUUUCUCGGAAAUAUGCAAGAUAGAUAUUAAUCAAAUUGAAAAGAAAUUUAUGUAUUUUUAUCGUUUUGACAUUUUUUUUAAAAACAAAAAGCUAGAUCCGCCUGUGGUCGGAAAAUAAUGCGCGAUGAUAAUUAUAAUAAAUUGUACAUUUUUUGUAUUACGUUAGGCCCGUGUGCGAAUACGCAUUAAUUGUAUAUUUAACAGUAAUCAUCCGCGAAAAAAAUUUAUAUCUAA